GUGUGUGUGUGUGUGUGUGUGUGUCGUGGCUGUACAUCUGUGAGCAUGCGCAGUGCAAAGAGAACACUUUGACUAUGUAGUUCGUGUCAGCUGCAGUAAAGCAUCAGGGUUUGUGAAAAUAAAGCAGUAAUAAACACAUUCACGGCAGCCAAAUUGUAGCAACGGGUUGUUAAAAAAUGGCGAGGUAUCUAAGGCCGCCUAAUACAUCUCUCUUCGUUAGAAACAUCGCCGACGACUCCAGGCCAGAGGAUUUACGUCGUGAGUUUGGUCGUUAUGGGCCUAUUGUAGAUGUCUACAUUCCACUUGACUUCCAUACACGACGGACAAGAGGAUUUGCUUACAUUCAAUUUGAAGAUGUGCGGGAUGCAGAAGACGCUCUUCACAACCUGGACCGUAAAUGGGUUUGUGGGCGUCAGAUCGAGAUCCAGUUUGCUCAGGGAGACAGAAAGACCCCUAACCAGAUGAAGGCCAAGGAGCGCCACUCUCCUCGCAGUUUCUCCCGCUACGACGACGAUCGGGAUAGCCGCCGAAGACGGUCCCGGAGCCGCAGCUAUGAUCGACACAGGUCCCGAAGCCCGUCCCAUGAACGUCGUCCUCGGAGGUCUGAGAGCCCUAGAGACUCUCGGUCCUACAGUAGACAUAGGCGGAGCAGAAGCCAUGAAAAUGACAAGUACAGAGGUCCUCCCCGUGACCACCCGACACACCAUGACGAAGGCUCACGUAGUCGCUCCGUGUCCUGCUCCCCUUCACCUUCCAGAUCCAGGCCCAAAGGUAAAAAGAGCCAGUCCAGGUCUCACAGCCCAGCUGAAGACUUCCACCCAACUUCCAGCUCCCAGAAAAAGUCUGUGGGACGAUCUCCCUCCCGGUCCUACUCUAGAUCCAUGUCCCGGUCACGCUCUCGCUCCAGGUCCUGGGCUGGACGCAAAUCUGGAGGUCACUGAUUAUCUGUUCCUCCUAAACCUUAAUUAAUGUUUCUGUUUAGCUUUUGACAAUAACAAGAAUACAGCAGAAUUUUAGGUAUAAAAAAUUAUAUAUAUUAUAUAUAUAUAAUUAUAAAAUUACAAAGCAAGGGGAGGGGGGGAUAGUCUGAGGGGAAAAAAAACAGAUAUUCUCUGAGAUUAACUUGGUAAAAGAAAAUACUCACAUUUAUGAGAAAUAAACUUGAAUAUUCUGAGAUUAUAAG